AUGAUAAUCAUCAGUACUACCACCAACACCACGACCACCAGCACCAAUGCCAUUAUGAUCACCACCACCACCACUAUCACCAUUACCAUCACCACCAACCACCAUCACUGCUCCAGUUGCCACUACGCUACAAUCCACCAUACCACUUUGUACCACACUGCACCACACCACACCGCAUUGCACCAUACCUUAACACGCCACACUGCACCGCAACACACCACACCACCACACUGUGCCACACCCCGCCACACUGCACCACAUCACACCACACCACACUACACUGCACCACACCACACCGCAUUGCACCAUACCAUAGCACACCACACUGCACCACCACAGUGCCAUACCCCGCCACACUGCACCACAUCACACCACACCACACUACACUGCACCACACCACACCGCAUUGCACCAUACCAUAGCACACCACACUGCACCACAUCACACCACACCACCACACUUUGCCAUACCCCGCCACACUGCACCACAUCACACCACACCACACUACAUUGCACCACACCACACCGCAUUGCAUCAUACCAUAGCACACCACACUGCACCACAUCACACCACACCACCACACUGUGCCAUACCACACCAUAA